AUGUCAGAAUUGUCGGCAGCAAGCAUCGCUGAGGUACCGGAUAAUUAUAUGGUAUAUCGCAGCAUCGGCCGGAUGUUUUUAUUAAGUUCAAAAGAAAGCGAAAUUGCUCGUCAUAAUCAGGAAGCUCUUGAAUAUAAGCAGAAGAUAGAUGGUUUCACAAAACAAAAAGAAUACCUGCAGCGAGGACUGGAAGAAGCAGAACGCAAUCUCCGCGAAAUGAUCCAGGCUCGACGGGCAUGA